AACAAAAAAAUUGAAGCCAUAUAUAGGUGUUGAAAGAGUAGGAGAAGAGGAGAGGGAGAGGAGAAAGCACCAUGAAAAAUACCAUGGAGCUCAACAGAAGUACUGUCCCGCAACCUAUCACCACCAUUUACCGACUCCACAUGUUUCUCCACUCUCUAAUUAUGCUUUCAUUAGUAUACUACCGUGUAUCUAAUUUGUUUAAAUUCGAAAACAUCCUUAGUGCACAAGCACUUGCUUGGGUACUCAUCUGCUUAGGCGAAAUUAGUUUCAUUGUCAAGUGGUUCUUUGGACAAGGGACUCGUUGGCGCCCUGUUGAAAGGGAAGUGUUUCCUGAAAACAUCACUUGCAAAGACUCGGAGCUACCCCCAAUUGACGUCAUGGUAUUCACUGCUAAUCCUAAGAAAGAGCCAAUUGUGGAUGUCAUGAACACUGUGAUAUCUGCAAUGGCUCUUGAUUACCCGACGGAUAAAUUGGCUGUGUAUCUGGCUGAUGAUGGAGGAUGUCCCUUGACGUUGUACGCCAUGGAGGAAGCAUGUUCUUUUGCCAAGAUGUGGCUACCUUUCUGUAGGAAGUAUGGAGUUAAAACAAGGUGCCCUAAAGCCUUUUUUUCUCCGUUAGGAGAAGAUGACCGUGUUCUUAAGAACGAUGACUUUGUUGCUGAAAUGGAAGAAAUUAAAUCAAAAUAUGAAGAGUUCCAACAGAAUGUGGACCGUGCUGGUGAAUCCGGAAAAAUCAAAGGUGACGUAGUGCCUGAUAGAGCCUCGUUUAUUAAGGUAAUAAAUGAGAGGAAAACGGAGUACGAGAAGAGUGCCGACGAUUUAACGAAAAUGCCAUUGCUAGUAUACGCAUCCCGUGAAAGAAGAACCCACCGUCGUCAUCACUUCAAGGGUGGAUCUGCAAAUGCUCUUCUUCGAGUUUCUGGGAUAAUGAGUAAUGCACCUUAUUUACUGGUUUUGGAUUGUGAUUUCUUUUGUCAUGAUCCAAUAUCAGCUCGAAAAGCAAUGUGUUUCCACCUUGAUCCAAAGCUAUCAUCUGACUUAGCUUAUGUCCAGUUCCCUCAAGUGUUUUACAAUGUCAGCAAGUCCGAUAUUUAUGAUGUCAAAAUUAGACAGGCUUACAAGACAAUAUGGCACGGUAUGGAUGGUAUCCAAGGCCCAGUGUUGUCGGGAACAGGUUAUUUUCUCAAGAGGAAGGCGUUAUACACGAGUCCAGGCAUAAAGGAUGAGUAUCUUAGUUCACCGGAGAAGCAUUUCGGAACCAGUAGAAAGUUCAUUGCUUCACUAGAGGAAAAUAAUUAUGUUAAGCAAGAGAAAGUCAUAUCAGAAGAUAUCAUAGAGGAAGCUAAGAACCUGGCUACUUGUGCAUACGAGGAUGGCACGCAUUGGGGUCAAGAGAUCGGUUAUUCGUAUGAUUGUCAUUUGGAGAGCACUUUUACUGGUUAUCUUUUGCACUGCAAAGGGUGGAGAUCGACCUAUCUGUAUCCAGACAGGCCAUCUUUCUUGGGUUGUGCCCCAGUUGAUAUGCAAGGUUUCUCCUCACAGCUCAUAAAAUGGGUUGCUGCACUUACACAAGCUGGUCUAUCACAUCUCAAUCCCAUCACUUAUGGCUUCAAUAGCAGGAUGAAAACUCUUCAAUGCAUGUGCUAUGCCUAUUUGAUGUAUUUCUCUCUUUAUUCUUGGGGAAUGGUUCUACAUGCUAGUGUUCCUUCUGUUGGCCUUUUGUUUGGCUUCCAAGUCUACCCCGAGGUGUAUGAUCCAUGGUUUGCAGUGUAUGUGAUCGCUUUCAUAUCGACAAUUUUGGAGAAUAUGUCGGAGUCAAUUCCAGAAGGGGGAUCGGUUAAAACGUGGUGGAUGGAAUACAGGGCACUGAUGAUGAUGGGAGUUAGUGCAAUAUGGUUAGGAGGAGUGAAAGCUAUAAUAGAUAAGAUUAUCGGAACGCAAGGAGAGAAAUUGUAUUUGUCGGACAAAGCAAUUGACAAGGAAAAGCUCAAGAAAUACGAGAAGGGGAAAUUCGAUUUCCAAGGGAUAGGGAUACUUGCUGUACCAUUGAUAACAUUUUCCGUGUUGAACCUGGUAGGCUUCUUGGUUGGAGCUAAUCAAGUAUUUAUUACAAUGAAGUUUGCUGACGUGCUUGGCCAACUCCUCGUAUCAUCCUUCUUCGUCUUUGUGGUGGUUACUGUUGUCAUUGAUGUCGUAUCUUUCUUAAAGGAUUCUUAAACAUUAUGUAACUCUGGUAUUUAGACAGAUGAACUAUGUCUAUCUCUCGUGAAUAAUAAGGGUUUUUGAUCGAAUUAUUCGAUGACAGAAAA